GAAGCGCGAGUGAUUAGUUGCACUACGCAUCUCAGAUUAUCUUCUGGCAGUUAUAGACACACAAGACCUCCACGGCCGUGGUAGAUAAUAGUAAUACAAUUCUGAAAAGCACCCAUUCUUUGACUUGCCAAUUUAUACAUUCGAUUUUUAUUUUCAUUUCCCAUCACAAUAUUUAAUAUUUAUGUAAUAUAUCAGAUUUUUAGGGACUGGAAAAGGAUUAAUUAUUGCUCCCAUUAACUAUUCGUGAUGAAAUGAAGUUAGCUUCUAACCUUAAUCUGUCUCUCUUCCAUGAUGCAAGCUCUGCACUCCUUAUCUUUCGACACUUUUUACAAGCUAAUGCCAAUCCCAACCAUGUUACCUUUUCGUUACUCAUCAAAACGUGCCUUUCCCACUCUUCUUUUUCAUCCACUUCGAGGAUACAAGUACACCAGAUUCAUACCCAGUUGUUGAAACGGGGCAUUGACCAAUUCCUAUAUGUAAAUACGGCUCUCAUUGACUUUUAUAUGAAACUUGGGUUCACCACCCACGCACGCCAACUGUUCGAAGAUAUGCCCUCUAAAGAUGUUGUUUCAUGGAACGUAUUGAUUUGUGGGUAUUCACAAAAUGGGCAUCCUCAUGAUGCUCUUCAACUCUUUGUGCACAUGCUGAGACAGAGUUUCAGACCUAACCAAACAACAAUUGCUAGUUUGCUACCUUCUUGUAGUUGCCGUGAACUUUUUCUUCAGGGUAGAUCCCUUCAUGGGUUUGGAAUCAAAGCUGGCCUUGGUUUGGAUCCUCAAUUGAGUAAUGCCCUUACCUCAAUGUAUGCCAAGUGUGAUGACUUGGAAGCAUCCCAUCUCUUAUUUGAAGAAAUGGCUGAGAAGAAUGUUGUUUCUUGGAAUACCAUGAUUGGUGCCUAUGGCCAAAACGGUUUUUUGGACAAGGCAGUAUUGUGCUUUAAAGAGAUGCUGAAGGAAGGUUUGCAACCCAGUCCAGUGACAAUGAUAAACCUUAUGUCAGCUAAUGCUGUUCCACAAACUAUCCAUUGCUAUAUUAUCAAAUGUGGCUUCACCAGUGAUGCUUCUGUUGUAACCUCACUAGUUUGUCUUUAUGCAAAGCAACGGUUCACUGAUAUGGCGAAAUUGAUUUAUGAAAGUUAUCCCACGAAAGACCUGAUUUCGUUAACUGCAAUAAUCUCUAGCUAUUGUGAAAAAGGUGAUGUAGAGUCUGCGGUUGAGUGUUUUAUCCAAACUAUGCAGUUAGACAUAAAACCAGAUGCAGUUGCCUUGAUUAGUGUCCUUCAUGGAAUUACUAAUCCUUCUCAUUUUCCCAUUGGGUGUGCUUUUCAUGGUUAUGGAUUGAAAAAUGGGCUGAGUAAUGAUUGCUUAGUUGUAAAUGGGCUAAUAAGCAUGUAUUCAAGAUUUGAUGAGAUAGAAGCUGCUUUGUCUUUGUUUUUUGAUAGGAGUGAAAAACCAUUGGCCACUUGGAAUUCUGUUAUAUCCGGCUGUGUUCAGGCUGGAAAAUCAAGUGAUGCCAUGGAGUUGUUCUGCCAAAUGAACAUGUAUGGACAAAAGCCAGAUGCUAUUACUGUCACUAGUCUAUUAUCGGGGUGUUGCCAGCUGGGGUACCUGCGGAUAGGAGAGACUCUACAUGGAUAUAUCCUUAGAAACAAUGUAAAAGUGGAAGAUUUUACAGGAACUGCUCUAAUAGAUAUGUAUACCAAGUGUGGAAGAUUAGAUUAUGCUGAAAAGGUAUUUUAUAGCAUCAAUGAUCCAUGUUUGGCAACAUGGAACUCCAUCAUAUCUGGUUAUAGUUUAUAUGGACUUGAACACAAAGCUUUCAGUUGUUUUUCUAAACUGCAAGAACAUGGGCUAGAACCGGAUAAAAUCACCUUCUUGGGAGUUUUAGCAGCAUGCACACAUGGGGGACUUUUUUACACAGGAAUGGAAUACUUUUGUAGCAUGACAAAAGAAUAUGGUUUGAUGCCAAAUUUGCAGCAUUAUGCUUGCAUAGUUGGUCUCUUGGGUCGGACAGGGUUGUUCAAGGAAGCAAUUGAAAUCAUUAACAACAUGGAAAUUCGGCCUGAUUCUGCUGUUUGGGGAGCACUUUUAAGUGCUUGUUGCAUUCAAGAGGAUGUAAAGCUUGGGGAAUGCUUGGCGAAAAAAUUGUUUUUAUUAAAUUACAAAAACGGUGGGUUUUAUGUAUUAAUGUCAAAUCUUUAUGCGAUUGUUGGGAGGUGGGAUGAUGUAGCAAGGGUGAGGGAUAUGAUGAGAGACAUCGGAGGAGAUGGAUGUUCAGGUGCUAGUGUUAUUGAAGUGACACCCCUUAGAGACUCGAAUAACUUGUGCCCAAGUGAGUUCCAUUUGAAUACCAGCACUUGGCAGCAUUUGUGUCUAUAUUGACUUCACAGUACCAUAAAUAACGCAAUUUUCCGCUAUCCAAAUAGGAGUUGAGUAUUGAUAGAAAUGUCAUUCUCGCGGCUUUUUGACCCUUCUAGUAUAAUUUUUUUUUAAAAAAAACUUAUUACGUAAAAGAACUGAUUUUUAACAUCUUUGAGAGAUAGUGUUUUCUAUGAGUUAGAAGAAAGAAAAAAGAGAGUGUAGUUAUCGAUACCUAUAAAAAAAGAAGAAGAAGAAGAAGAAAUGAUGUUAUAGGUCAUGUAUAAAUGAUAAGAUAAAUUUUAUAUAUUCAUGUAUAAAUUUCCUCUAAACAUACAUAUGAGUGUUAAGAAUGAAAGAACAUGGGAGCGCGGAGGAAGUGGCAUGGUGACCAGGGCAGGGAGGCGUACGAGGAGGGUCUUGCUAGCUUCUUCACAAGGUUUCCGAUCGGGUUCAAGGAAGUGGAACUGUGGAAAAUUUUCCAAAAAUAUGGAAGCGUUAAAGAGGUUUUCGUAGCCCAAAGGAAGAACAAAUGGGGAAGGGAAUAUGGCUUCGUGAGGUUUGCGGGUGUCACGGAUGCCAUGGCGUUGGCAGAUCAGCUGGAUAAGAUCGUCAUAGGCAAUAAUAAAAUGCAUGUCAAUAUACCCAAAUACCGGCGGUGGGAAUGGAGAAGAACAGAGCAUAAGGCAAAGACUGAAAGAAAUGGAGGUAAGCAAAGGCACUACAAACCAAACUUC